UGUGUGUGAUGGAGUCGCUCGUGCUCAGCUCCGUGCUGCUGUGUCUAAGCUCUGUAGUUCUUGUUUGUCCGGUGAACGCGCGGAUCGGUAAGCGCGCGCUGAUCGGUGCAUGUCCCGCGCGUUGUGACAAGUCUCGCUGUCCUGCGCUGCCCGCGCGAUGCGCCACGGAGCUCGCGCUCGACGCGUGCGGCUGCUGCGCGGUGUGCGCAUCCGGCGAGGGCGAGGCGUGUGCGUUAACCGGGGGCGCGAGGCGGCUCGGCGAUCCGGUGUGCGCGCGCGGUCUCCGGUGCGUCGAGUCAUCAUCAUCACUACCACCAUCUUCUAUAACCUCAUCAUCAUCCUUACCAGUCGUGAUCCGGCGAAGAACGCGAACAGCAUUGUGUGUUUGCGCGAGCGAGGAGCCGGUGUGCGGUAGUGACGGAGUCUCGUACCGGAGCGCGUGCGAACUGAAACGGGCCAGUGAGCGCGCGCAGGAGCUACAACAGUCCCCAGUGCUGCUUGUGCACAAAGGAGCGUGCGGAGAAGUUCAGGAAAAGCCAACCAGUCUGAGAUAUAAAUACAACUUCAUCGCUGACGUGGUGGAGAAAAUCGCACCUGCUGUCGUUCAUAUUGAACUCUACCGCAAGAUGAUGUACAGUUUGCGUGAGAGGGCAGUGGCGACUGGUUCGGGAUUUAUCGUGUCUGAUGACGGACUGAUCGUCACUAACGCCCACGUUGUCGCCGAUAAAAACAGAGUGAAAGUGGAACUGAAAAACGGGCAGUCGUACGACGCCAAAAUCACCGACAUUGACGAAAGAUCAGACAUCGCUCUCCUCAAGAUCAACUCUCCAAAUAAACUUCCUGUGAUGAGUCUGGGCCGGUCAGCUGAUCUGAGACCUGGUGAGUUCGUGGUGGCCAUCGGGAGUCCGUUUUCACUGCAGCACACGGUGACGACGGGGAUCGUCAGCACCACACAGAGAGGAGGGAAAGAGCUCGGCCUACGCAACUCCGACAUGGACUACAUCCAGACUGACGCCAUCAUCAACUACGGAAACUCCGGAGGACCUCUGGUUAAUCUGGACGGAGAAGUGAUCGGAAUAAACACUCUGAAGGUGACGGCAGGAAUCUCCUUCGCCAUUCCAUCUGACAAGAUCAGAGAAUUUCUCACUGAGUCGUACGACAGACAGGCCAGAGGUCGAGUAACAGCUAAGAAGAAAUACAUCGGGAUUCGAAUGAUGUCGCUGACGCCUGAGCUUAUGAAGGAGCUGAAAGAGAAGCUGGGCGAUUUUCCUGAUGUCACGUCUGGCGCUUACGUGGUCGAGGUCAUCUCCAGAACUCCAGCAGCAGUAGGAGGAGUGAAGGAGAGUGACAUCAUCAUCUCGGUUAACGGCGUGCAGAUUUCCACGGCUGCUGAUGUCAGUGCUGUAGUUAACACACACUCCGUGUUGAACAUCAUCGUCCGCCGCGGUAACGAGGACGUCCCUCUCACUGUUGUUCCCAUGGAGAUUGACCCUUGACCUCGACCCACCAUCUGAGAUGAGACGAGUCGCUGAUGAUGGUGAAGCUCCGCUUUAAAAUGCAUGAUGAGAGAGUUUUGCAUUAUUUUAUUUCUAUUUCAUUUUCUUUUAUAUUAUUUGUUUAAAAGUGUUGAAUUAAAACAGUAUUAUUGUUUACGGUUUAAAAAUAAAACUUUUAAUACUUUAGAUACUGUUGUGUUUUUUUUUUAAGAUAAACGGAAUAUUAAUUAAAAAAGAAGAAUUCUCAGCCUGAGCACAUGGAACUUUUUG